AUGCCCUCUACCGAUGGGACGAAUGGCGUCAGCGGCCAGCAACACAUUCUGCCCACCUUGUCGUCGAACUUGGUGGGUAAGACGGCCAUUGUGACCGGCUCUUCACGGGGCAUUGGUGCUGGGAUUGCCCUCGAACUCGGUCGCCGUGGCGCCAACGUCGUGGUCAACUACAGCAGUGAGAAGUCGCAAGGGCCGGCGAGUCAGGUGGUCAAGGCCAUUGAAGCCACGAAAUUAGGACCCAGAGCGGUCGCGGUGCAAGCAAGCGUUGCAGUCGCUGCAGACCAGCAGAAACUGGUCGAGGCUGCCCUGAAGCUCAGUCCCAGCCAACAAAUCGACAUGCUGGUGCACAAUGCGGGCCACGGAGACGACCGAUAUCUGGUCGAUCUCGACGAAGCGUUCUACAAUGAGCAAAUGGACAUCAACCUGAAAGCACCGGUCUUUCUCACCCAGGCCGCUCUUCCGCACAUUCCUCGAGGGGGCCGAAUAGUCAUCAUAUCGUCGGUGUCGGCGCGCAUGGGUGUUCCACAGCAGAGCAUUUACGCCGCGAGCAAAGCAGGCACUGAGGCAUUGGCUCGUGUCUGGGCCUCGGAGCUGGGUCAGUCGCGAGGCAUCACCGUCAACUGUGUCAACCCGGGCCCCGUGGCCACCGACAUGUAUUAUGCCAGCUCCCAGGAAUUCAUCGAUGAGUUGCAACCCAUGAUCAAUACCACACCCGCCGAAGCCAGGAUCGGGGAGGUGGCAGACAUUGUGCCACUCGUCAGUUUCUUGUGCUCGGAAGAAAGUCGAUGGGUGACGGGAAGCGUGGUUAGUGCCAGUGGUGGAUUGUUGCUUUUCUAA